CGUAACGAUCUUUUUGGGACGGAGGGAGUAUUUCUUAAAUCUAACCUACGGCAAAAAGUUAACACCCUCCCCCCAUAUAUAUAACAUAUACGCACACGGAAAAAUAAAAAAACGAAAUACGGAGUAGGUCGACAGAACAAAGUCCGAAGGAAGAUGAAGGAUUGCUAAUUGCCACCACUGCUCCGCCGCCGCUACCUCGAGUCGUCAUCCAGAUUGCCGAGAAUUGAUCGCCGCCGUUCAUCUUCGUUGUUUGAUUUGUUGAUUUGUUUUAAUUCUUCAAAUAAUCGAGGAGGAACAAAACGAGCGAUUUCAUCCGGGAAUUGGUACGGAGAAGUAGAAGGCUCUCAGAUCCAAAUCCUCCAUGAAGAUCAGAACAAUUAAGCUCCGAGAAGCUCACAAGAACGGCAGCGGCGGCGCCUCCCUAUGCUCGAUUCUGUGGGACCAGAGCGGCGAACACCUCGUCACGGCGUCUACCUCCGAUUCGUCUAUUUGCAUCCAUGAUGCUAUUUUUCCUGCGAAUCCGCCCAAAGUUCUGAGAAAUCACAGAGAUGGCGUGACCGCUCUUGCUCUGAGCUCCAAUUCCACCUGCCUCGCCUCCGGAUCUGUUGACCAUUCCGUCAAACUCUACAAAUUUCCAAGUGGAGAGUUUGAGACAAACAUAACUAGAUUUACAUUGCCAAUAAGGGCACUUGCCUUCAAUAAGGCAGGCACUAUGUUAGCAGCUGCUGGUGAUGAUGAGGGCAUUAAACUAAUAAAUACCAUUGACGGCACAGUUGCCAGAGUUCUUAAAGGGCAUCGAGGGUCUGUUACGGGUAUAGAUUUUGAUCCUAAAAGUGAAUAUCUGGCUUCAGUUGAUUCUGUAGGAACUGUCAUACAUUGGGAGCUACAGUCAGGAAAAAUAAUUCAUACCCUGAAAAACAUAGCUCCUGCUACAGGUUUGGACCAUGCUUUCAUGAAUACGCUUAGUUGGAGUCCUGACGGGGAACUACUAGCUGUCCCUGGCUUGAAGAAUGAUGUGGUUAUUUAUGACAGAGACACUGCUGAAAGGCUAUUUUCAUUACGUGGUGAUCAUGUCCGGCCUAUUUGCUUUUUAUCAUGGUCACCUAAUGGAAAGUAUAUGGCUACUUCUGGCUUAGAUAGACAGAUUUUGGUAUGGGAUGUUGAUAAGAAACUUGAUAUCGAUAGACAGAGGUUUGACAAUAUGAUAUGUUGUAUGUCAUGGAAGCCCCAGGGAAAUACUCUAGCAGUUAUCGAUGCUAUGGGAAAAUUUGGUUUAUGGGAAUCUGCUGUUCCAUCAUCUAUGAAAUCCCCCACUGAAGAUAUUCCUAGCUUGGGAUCAAAGGGUAGUAAUGGAUUACUUCUCUUUGAUGAUGAAGAGGGGCACAGUGUAGAUGGGAGUAUGAGUGAUAUUGGGGAACAUAGUCCUGAUGACUCUGAUCCACUGCCUAGCCGAAAAAGAAUACGCAAGCAGUCUAUUUCUGAUGAUUAUUUAGAAGCAGAUGUAAAAGAGUUUGACUUAUUUCCGAAACUUGAAUCUCGUAAAAAGCCUGCUCAUGGUCACCAGGUUAGCACAGAUAGGAAGAAAACUGAAUUAAAGAGCACUGCCGUGUCAGCAGGUCCGAAAAUGCAAGAAGCUUUUCAACCAGGAGCAACUCCUAUACAACCUGGAAGAAGGCGCUUUCUCUGUUAUAGUAUGCUUGGUAGUAUAACAACUAUGGAGCAUGAUGGAUAUUCACAUAUAGAGAUCGAUUUUCACGAUACAAGUAGUGGUCCUCGUGUUCCUGCUAUGACAGAUUACUUUGGCUUUACCAUGUCUUCUUUAAAUGAAAAUGGAAGUGUAUUUGCAAAUCCGUGCAAGGGUGAGAAGAAUAUGAGUACACUCAUGUAUCGCCCAUUCAGUAGUUGGGCUAAUAACAGUGAGUGGUCAAUGAGAUUUGAAGAGGAAGAAGUCAGGGCUGUGGCACUUGGAAAUGCGUGGGUAGCUGCCAUUACAAGUCUUAAUUUUCUUCGUGUCUUUUCUGAGGGCGGGUUGCAGAGAUAUAUCCUCUCUCUUGAUGGACCGGUGGUCACUGCAGCAGGAUUCAAGGAUGAACUAGCCAUUGUUACACACGCGUCUCCUUCUCUCCCAUCAAAUGAGCAGGUUCUUGAAUUUAUGGUUUUCAAUAUUCACAAUUGCACACAACCUCUACGAGGACGACUCCCUUUGACUCCCGGCUCCUGUUUAACAUGGUUUGGGUUUAGUGAGGAAGGCCACCUAAGCUCUUUCGAUUCAAAGGGUGUGCUGAGGGUCUUUACGCAUCAGUUUGGUGGUAAUUGGCUUCCUCUCUUCAGUGCCAGCAGAAUGAAGAAGCCAGAAGAGAAGUACUGGGUUGUUGGGUUGAAUGCAAGCAAGUUAUUUUGUGUUGUAUGCAAGGCACCUGAUUCUUUCCCACAGGUUACUCCUAAACCAGUCCUCACUCUAUUUGAUCUUUCCCUUCCUCUUGCAUCCUCUGAUCUUGGAGCAGAUAAUCUGGAGAAUGAAUUCAUAUUAAAUAAUAUGCAUCUAUCCCGGGUUCAGAAAGCAAUUGAGGAAAUGCUAUCCAAUGGCCAGGACACCACCUUGCUUGAUGAUGAGGCAUUCAACCUCGAAACUGCUAUUGAUCGGUGCAUUUUGAGGCUCAUUGCAUCCUGUUGCAAUGGUGACAAGCUGGUGAGAGCAACUGAACUUGUUAAACUUCUUUCAAUGGAAAAAUCAGUGAAGGGUGCGAUAAAGCUUGUGACGGCCUUGAAGCUACCAAGCUUGGCGGAACGCUUCAGUUCCAUAUUGGAGGAGCAUUUAAGCAAAGAAGCAAUGGAGAACACUGCUCCUGCGCAGCCAAACUCGAACUCUCCCACAUGCGAAAAUGAUGCGUCCAAGGCUUCUCACACUACACCAGAAAGCAGCACUAAAGCAAUGCAUAUCUCAUCCACCCCUUCCUCAACAAAGAAGAUCUCGCCGGACCCAGAUUUCAACCCAAAAAUUGAACAAGCCCGAGCAACUCCAUCGGGAAAGCCAGGAGAAGACAAAUUCGUUGGCACUCCAGGAGAAGUGAAGAACAAGAAUGUAAAUGGUGUGGAAAAGACGGAAAAGCCAAAAUUCCUUGGAGACUUUAAGGCUGGCCAAGAUGUAGGAGAGCAAAAAGCGGUUCGCCCUUCUAACCCGUUUUUAAAGCCAUCAACCAAGCAAGAAACUACAUCUUUGCUUGACUCACUCAAGAAGAUGAGUGGUGAGAAGAGAAGAUAAAUAAAGUGUUUUUAAAAAACACUUCACCUAAGAGCUUUUUUUUUCUGUCACUAGUUGUAACAAAAUCAAUUAUGUAAAUAUGCUUUAGGUAAAUCC